CCUAUUUUCRACAACUGUUUAUGAUUUUGUUUUGUAAAUACGACAGGUGAAGUGAAGAUGAKAAGCGCCGGAAGCUGGUGUKRUAUCCUGUUAACAUUCGUGCUUGUAUUUGCUUCUCAAGUGAAAUCGAAACAGAUAAAGUGUAGCGGGAUAAAGCUAGAUAGGCUUGGCUGCUAUGCAGACAAUCAGAAGUCAGGGAAUCGUCCUCUUCCACUUCUUGUCUUGACAUAUAGAGAUAAAAGUAGUAAGCAGUAUGCUGGGGAAAUUGUAUGGACAAAGUARGGUACAUUCAUGGAAACCAUCAUUUGCAAGUGUGCUGAAAAAGUUUUGAAGCAUGGAUACAGCGUCAUGGGACUGCAAAAUUAUGGUGAAUGCUGGUCAGGAUCAAGAGAUAAAAGCUAUAGUAAUGACGGUCCAGGACGUGAUUGUAUCAACUGGAAGUAUGAACGGUGUCGGGAUGGCAUGGACUGCAUUGGGGAAGAUAACACAAACUUUGUGUACCGGGUGCAAAGAGAUCUACCUUCUCCGACAGCGAAACCAACUGAACAUCGAUCAACAACACCACGGACAACAACACCCACCCCUUCUCAAACACCAUCACCAUCACCAACUCCAUCACCGACACCGRCACCUUCCCCAUCUACAACGCCAUAUCCAACAACAUCAGGUACAUGGCCCACAACACGUGGUAUGUCAUCCCCUAAACCAUCUGGAUUUGGUACCAGUACUGCAAAAAGACCUCCUUCGCCUACAAAGUUUCCCAUCCCUUGUUACAGCCCUUCAAAUGAACCUUGCAYUACACCCAUUAUGCCUUGRGCUUCACCAUGRCAGCCCUUAGUAGAUCCAGCAUUGRUAAUGAGAUAUCAAGGACCCUCUGCUCUAGGUUUCCCAACGCCAAUGGGACAAUAUCAMCAACAAKCRUUACCUUGUGGYAGUACAUGCUCUGCUCAGUGUGCACCAAAGUGUAGAGUAGGAUGUUGUAGAAKUUUUGGAGGUCRUGCUUCUGMGGUUCAGUUCCCUAUAGGUUAUUCAAAUCAAAAUAGACUCCCGACCUUGGCAAAGCCUGGGUGUAAAUAUGGCUGUCCUUCGAAGUGUGCUCCUCGAUGCACAGCCAGAUGUUGUCGAUCGGCUAUUAAAUCUCAAGCGUUUCAAAAUCAAUUCCUUAUGAAUUAUGCACUUCGUUUUCCCCAGACUGGUCUGCAGUCGUCUUUAAGAGCACAAGGGCAGUGCAAUCAAGGAUGUUCUUCGAAAUGCGCUCCUCGUUGUAACAUUGAAUGCUGCAGCACCUUUCAACAGCCUUUCCCUGUCCAACUCCAGAUGCCAACAUUUUCACCAGUUAACUACCAAGCACAGCUAGUACAGAGAAAUAUAUGCAGACAAGGCUGUCCAGCAAUGUGCUCUCCAAGAUGCCUACCCGGAUGUUGCCGUUGGUCUGGAGGAUUUUACAAAAGAGCAGCAAUUCUCAAACACAAAAUACCUCACCUAGAUGAUUACUAG